UUCCAUUCCAUUCAUUUUCAUCUCUGAAUUUAGCACUUUUAGCAUAUUGAAAAAAAAUUUAUGUAUAAUUGAAUUAUUUUAUGCCAACACUGCCUUUACCAUAAUCGGCUUACAACACUGUUUCAUAUGUCAAGUGCGGGACGUCGUUUAUUUUGGAGCGAUUGUUGUUGAUUUCUCGAUUUUCUAUUUUGUUAAUAAGAUUGCAGUAAAAUGAUGAAUAACGCGAAUUUUUUGGACGGUGACGGAUCUGUUCCUGACGAAGUUUUACAAUUAUUGGAUACAAAAGACAUUAGAAACAAAUUGAAUACGCUCAUGGGUAUAAAUGCGGACAACAAAAACGUUCCAGUACCUCGACGUGAUGGCAUUAUUGUAACUCCAACACCUGGUUUUUGUCUAAAGAGCCACAGAGUCAACUCAAAGGAGAAAUUUUUCAUUAAUGUGUGUCACACAUCAGAGAUUCCUGCCCCAAAAAAUAUUUCCGAAAACGAAUUGGGUACUUUAUUAACGUCCUUUGAUUCAAAUAGCUACCGGAUACCCAUGAGCAUAGCAGAAGUACGCCACACAUUGGAUAAAUCCAAAAACACAUGCGAAGUUUGCGACAUUGCCAUCAAUGACAAAUUUUUCGAAAAGUGUUUAAAGUUAGAUAGCUUCAAAGGUUUUUUUUUAGCGGUAAUUUUCGAAGCAAUUAGUGAAAAAUUUAAUAUACAACUGAACGGCGAGGCGGCGAUUAUUUUGCGCCACCGCAAGGUUAUGGGCACCUUAGUCUCUCAUCGUAUUCGAAGCGCUGAGGUAAACAAUAUUAUUAAUUCUCAUCAGUCAUCAAUCGAUAACAAACUAUUACCACAAAAGGAAAAAGCAAAAUUAGUCAAAGAAAUUAAUGAAGUUUAUCGAAAUUUCGAAAUUGGUCAGCGAAUGAGCGGGGGCCAAGAUAUUUUCGAACCCGUUUACAAAUUACGUGCCAGACUAUAUAAAAACCAAGUGUACGAAAUCGUUGUGGAAAUGUACUUGCCUGAAUGUAUUUCCUCUAAAAGUAUUACUUUAAACAUUGGAGAGGAUCGCAUAUUCCUUGAAUCCAAAAAGAAUGGUUAUCUAUUUGAUAAAUUUAUCGGCUUCAGUUUACAAGCAGAGAAGGCUAAAGCAUACUUUACAAAAUCUGUACAAUUACUUUAUAUUUAUAUUCCCGUCAAUGUUCCCCCGCAAACACCGGAGAUAAGUGUUUCUUCCUAAUGAUAUAUUGCUUUAAUCAGCAAAUGCCUUAUAUUUUAUUUAAAAAUGUUUAUUUUUUAAUAUUAAAUAUGUAUUUGUUAAUAAGAUUCUGUUGUAUGAAAAAAUUUAAAUGCAUUACAUUAAAUAAAAAAU